AUGGCGCUGAUAGGAGGAUUAGAUGGGCUCAUCUGGAUCCAGGAAGACAGCAUCCUGCACCUUCAAGCUGCCAAAAUCCAGUGCAUAUCAACCAUGGGACAGCACCCCAGCCACAGCCCCCCUGGAAGGCCCUAGAGAUGCCUGAAGGCCUCCCGUCUGCCGUCCCCAGUGGGACCUAGCUGCACACGGCCAGAGGAGGCAGUGGCCAUGGGGCGGCAGUGGCCAGCCCUGGCCUUGGUGGUCUUCAAGGCUCUGUUGGCCCUGUUGGUGCUGCUGGUGCCCUCAGGGGCGGUGGUGCAGGCCAUCCUGGAUGACAACUCAAGCACGGUGGACUUUGCAGAUUUGCCGGCCCUAUUUGGGGUCCCCCUGGCCCCUGAGGGUGUGCGGGGCUACCUGAUGGAGGCCAAGCCAGCCAACGCGUGCCAGCCCAUCGAGGGCCCGCGGCUGGGCAACCAUUCUCUGGGUGCCAUCGCGCUGAUCCGCCGCUAUGACUGCACGUUUGACCUCAAGGUGCUGAACGCCCAGCGGGCCGGCUUCGAGGCAGCCAUCGUGCACAACGUCCGCUCUGACGACCUGGUGCACAUGGCCCCUGUCUACGAGGACCUGCGGCGCCAGAUCUCCAUCCCGUCGGUGUUCGUGGGCGAGGCCGCUUCGCAGGACCUGCGGGUCAUCAUGCGCUGCCACAAGCCGGCCCACGUCCUCCUGCUGCCAGACUACCCGCCCUGCCCCGACCUGGACUGCCACCCAGUGCUGGCCGUCUCCUGGGUGCUGGGCCGCACCCUGGCCCUGGUCUUGUCCACUCUCUUGGUCCUGCGCCACCUGUGGCUCUGGCUGCGGGGCUGGUUGACCCGCGAGCCCGUGGUCAAGACCCAGACCCGCCAGAAGGCCCAGGUCCGCACCUUCACGCGUCACAACGAUCUGUGCGCCAUCUGUCUGGACGAAUACGAGGAGGGGGACCGGCUCAAGAUCCUGCCUUGUUCCCACACCUACCACUGUAAAUGCAUCAACUCCUGGCUCUCCAAGGCUGCCCAGCGCUCCUGUCCCAUGUGCAAGCAGUCGGUGGCCAGCACUGAAGAUGGCUCCGACUCCACUGUUGACAGCUUCGGCGACGAGAGCCCCUCCCUGCCUGGGCACCAGCCCCCCAUCUGGGUCAUCCAGGCCCGGCUGCGCUCCCGGAGGCUGGAACUGUUGGCCCGAGCCAGCCCCUAUCGCCGCUGCAGCGCCACCUCCUUGGGGGCAGCUGAGACCUCGGACAGGUCCCCGGGACCCUCCUGA